AUGACCCGCCUCUGCUCACCCAGGCCUGAAGACCUUGCUUAUCCUGUCCCAGUCCCUUCCAGGGGCGUGGGUGCUGGGGAGGGAUCGGGUAGCCCAGUGGGUCCAUGUGUGUCCCCCUGGGGCCCUAGCCAGGCCCAGGCUGACGGUGUCCUAGGGCUGGGGGCACUGGGGCUGACAAUGCGGGCGGUCUUUUCCACAGCUGGCCCAGCCUCGCUGCUGCUGCUUGUCCACCGGUCAGUGGACACUCUCCACAUGCCUGCAGGUCCCUCCUGGUCACAGCACACACAUCUCACAGGGGGCCGGAGUCAGGCCGGCGAGGGUCCAGGGCAGCAGGAGGCUCCGCUCCUGCCCACGGUGGCGGUCAGAGGACGACGCGGCCCCCAGGAGGCUCUGCUGCUGCCGCUCCUGGGCCUGGGGCUACUCCUGGGAGCCCGCGGCAUGCCCCUGGCCCUGCUUGCCCUGGCUUUCUGCCUCCAUCCUUGGGCCUGAAUGCCCUCUGGAAAUACAUUGGCCAUGCUGUUUCCUCACGCCUCCUUUCCUCCACCCUGGUCUGGGAAGGUGGGAGGAUACUCCUUUAUCCCCCAGCCUGCACCUACCUUGGGGGACCUCUGAGGUCUCCCCACAAUGUGGACAGUAGAUACCUAGGUCUGAGUCCAAGGGCAUCAGUCAAAAGUGAGAUAAGGGACAGGGAGCCCAGUGCAGGGAAUGGGAGCCAUCUCAGAACCUCUAUGUUAGGGGUCGCUAUUCUGGCCUCCACUGUGGUUCUACAGAAUGAGGGUCCAGAGAGAAAGAACCGCAAGAGAGUGGAGUGGGACUGGAUAUCGGCCAGCAGGGA